GGCACGGCGCCUCCGCCUCGCUGCCUCCUGAAUGGGACGGCCGCCGAGCAGCCCGGGGCCUGCCUCCCCGCGGCCCCGCCCACUUCCCCUUGCGUCACGGAGAACUUUGCUGAGCUCCCGGGAGUUUGGCAGAAGCGCCGGCAGAUGGUGAGCGGAGCUGCGCGCCUCUGUGUGUGUGGCUGCCUGGCGCUGCUGCUGCUCCGGCACAAAGGAGGCGAGGCGACGCCACGCCAGGAGGGGAUGCGCGCCAGCCCGGCCGGCCCUGCACAACCUCUGCCCGGUCGCGCGCUCGACACCUUCGCAGGAGCGGAGGAGGCGAGAAGCGGGUAGAGUCGAGUCCGCUGGGUGGCCGCCGCCUCCCGUCGUCCCCGUCGGUCCGGCUUGGUGCGCGCUGGGAGCGUGAGCCCGCGCUUGCUCGCCGCCGCCUUCCAGCUCCAUGAGCCGCCAGCUCGAGCCCCGCAGCCCCGCCGCGCUCCUGCACCCUCCGGGAGCCGCCGCUGGUCCCCGCUGCCGGAGCGCCCCCUCCAAGCGCCUCCUCUUGCCAGACGGCGCCGAGGAAGCCCCCGCCGCGGCCAAGUGCGCCCGCCUCGCCGUCGAAUGCUCCAGCGCCGCGGCGCCCCAGGACUGUCUCAGCGCGCCCGCUUCGCCGUGUGCUCCCGUCUCGCCAGCCCCCGGUGGCGGCGGCGGCGGCGGCAGCUGGGCUGCCAGCUCCGGCGGCAGCAACAGCGCGCAGGGCCCCAGCCUCGUCGCCGGCUACCUCUUGCUGCCCCUGCCCGACCGGGAGCAUGUUUCUAGGGCUCUCGAUAUCAACACCGGCCGGGAGCUGCGCUGCAAGGUCUUCCCCCUCAAACACUAUCAGGACAAGAUCCGGCCUUACAUCCAGCUGCCCUCUCACAGAAACAUCACUGGGAUUGUGGAAGUGAUCCUUGGCGAAACCAAGGCCUACGUCUUCUUCGAUAAGGACUUUGGGGACAUGCACUCCUACGUGCGUAGCUGCAAGCGCCUGUUGGAGCAGGAGGCUGCCAGGCUCUUCAAGCAGAUCGUCUCGGCGGUGGCUCAUUGCCACCAGUCAGCCAUCGUGCUGGGGGACCUCAAACUCAGGAAAUUUGUCUUUUCUACUGAAGAAAGGACCCAGUUGAGACUAGAAAGCUUGGAAGAUACCCACAUCAUCAAAGGCGAGGAUGAUGCAUUGUCAGACAAGCAUGGCUGCCCAGCCUAUGUCAGUCCAGAGAUCCUAAACACAACUGGGACUUAUUCUGGGAAGUCAGCUGACGUUUGGAGUUUAGGAGUAAUGCUGUACACCCUCUUGGUGGGACGCUAUCCCUUCCACGACUCGGACCCUAGUGCCCUAUUUUCCAAAAUCCGCCGCGGACAGUUCUGUAUCCCCGACCACAUCUCUCCCAAAGCCAGGUGCCUCAUCCGGAGCCUGCUCAGGCGAGAACCUUCCGAAAGACUCACUGCUCCAGAAAUUUUGCUGCAUCCUUGGUUUGACGCUGUUUUGGAAUCGGGUUACACCAACCAGGACAUGAGAGCUUCAGAUCAAGUUGUUCCAGAGAGCUCUAGAGAGGACAAUGACAUUAGUUUCUUCUUUUGCUAGCUCUGACUUUGCCUCAGGGGAGAGAAACCUCACACUUGCAUUACAGCCUCUUCACAAUUUCAUUUUCUGUGUUGUAAGUGCAUAGAGUUCUGAAAUCUAGCUGUGGUCAGGACAGUAGCUGUGAUGUUAAGCAUAAUCGCUCGUGAGCAGAAGUCCUUCUCUAAGGGGGCUUACAGAAAGUUGCAACCCUCAGCAUGGCUAAUCUGGGGAGUUUCUCAUCAAACACCACGAGUCUCCUUCAGGGACUGCCGUCUGGAGCAAAGGGACCUUUGGAAGCAUGCGCAGGCCUGGAACACCUAUGCUACAGUUCUGGGAGAAUGUACUCCAGACUUCAAUGGGAGAUCACACCAACCAAUCUGGAAUAAGCAAUUGAGGAUUGCAAUCUCGGCUGGCUUGCUUUUUGUUUGACAAAAACAUUUUGGAGCUUUUUGGCGUAGUGUGUGUCUUAAGAUCCACAUGGUCUUGCAGUGCUGGCAAGUUUAUGCUGUUGUAGCAACUUCAGGGCAGCCAGUUGGAUUCUCUUGUCUCUCAUACAUCAUUAACUGACAGGGCUGUCAGCUGGGUUUUGAUUACAGAAUCUUCUUACGGGUGAUGUAAGAGAGAAAAUACGGGCACAGUUCUUCUAGUGCCAGGUGGGGCAGAUGAUAGACCCAUUAAUUUCUGCACCAGGGCUGCCUGUUUAAAAAAACUAAGCUGGUAUAAUUGAUUUCAAACUGGAUCUCCAGUGUGUACGGUAACUGAGCCCUUCAGGCUGUACUUGUUGGAUUGAUUUCUUAGCAGCAGCUGUUUGGAUAACCAGUUUGAAAUCAGAUUAAACAUUUGCCAAGGAUUAUGUGUGGCCCUCUAGUCAUGUAAAGGUGUCUUAAUAUGGCUUCUGUUUGCAUUCACAACAGAUUUGCAAGGUAGGCUGGUGGUGUACCCAUUCUGCAGAUAGAGUACUGAAGCAGAUGGAAAUGAAUUGUCACAUUCAGUCGGUGGCAGAGGCAGGACUUGGUCAUCUUCCCCAGUGGAACCCAUUCCAAGUCCAGCAUUCUGGCCGCUGACCACAUUGUCCCAUGUGUCUGAAGAAAAAUAAGGGAGAAUGAAAGGGCUCCUGCUUUGCCCAUGCAAGGUUCCAUUUUUCAGUCCUUGGCAUCUCUAAGCUGGGAAGGACCUAUUCCUGACACUUUGAAGAGCUGCUGCCAAUCAGAGGAGACUAUACUGGACUAGAUGGACCAAUAAUCUGCUUCUGUAUAAGGCAGCUUCAUAUGCUCAGUGCUGGAAGGAGCUCUCACUUUUAAAGCUCAAAUCUAGUCUUGGGUACUAGGCUCUGAGGCUGUUCAGCUGAUGUUGCACUACAACUCCCAUCGUCCCUAGCUGCUUUGCAUGUUGGGAGUUGUAGUCCAGAAACACUUGGAGAGCCUCUUGCCUCUCCAAACACUUGGAUUGGCCACCCCUGAUCUAGACCUUUCAAUGUUAAAUUUUAAUCAUGGCUUUCAAAUAUAGGUCUUCUGGGUUAAGUGGCCUAAAGGGCUGGCUUCCUAGGCUUGCCUGGCUCUCUUGCAUCAGCAUAACUGGGUGUUACUUUGCAAGUAGCAUCACACAUCUCAAUACCAAAACAUGUCAGUGUAGGGCGGAGCUGCCUAACCUGGGAGACGAAGAUAAGUGCCAUCUCAUUGCAUCCACUGAAACACUUUGCUUUGGGGUCUUUGCUCACUAAUGUGUUAUAUCGCCCUUUGUACAAAACACAUGCAACAACUGCUCAUUUUGAUAAACUGCAGAACAAUGCCCAGAGACUUCCAUUGGGUGCUCCUCAACUACAAUCUGCCUCUUCCCCCUGUCUUACGUGUUUGUGUAACUCUGGCUGCUGUGAUCACGUUGGUUUUGUAUUUCAAAUUCCCAUGGAUAAUGAAUACACUUGAGUAAUCAUUAGCUUCCCGGAUGGGGAAAUGAACUUCUUCCCGAGAACGAUGGCUCAAGUAUGUCUAAAUAAGCACUUGCCUGUGUCUAGUAGGAAUCUCAUCCUGGUGAUCAGAAAGGGAGGCUUUAUGGAUUGGAAGCAGUAUUCCCUCUAAUCUUUAUCAUCUGUGUAUGGAAGGAGUUUUGUUCUGGGUGGCAAUAUCAACUCAAUUUGUGCGCACAUGCAUUCAGAGUGGGACCUCCCUGAUUAAACCCAGCAAGAUCUAGAAAUAACUGAGCAGACAUCAAAAGUCUUGAGUACCCAGAAUGUUGGGGGGCAAUAUGCUAAAUCAUUGUAAACCGCUUAGAGAGCUUCCAGCUAUAGAGCGGUAUAUAAAUGUAAGUGCUAUUGCUAUUGCUAAAAAAAUGUGUGAGCAUGUGCACCUGCGCACGCCUUAGAGGGAACACUUGUUGGAAGGCUCUUGGUUCUCAAAGGGUGUCUGUGUGCCACCGAUUAACCUAGAGUGUGCUAGUUACUAUUCUUAUGGACUAGUAACUUACCUGCAAGGCUGAGUUUAUAUUUGCAGAAGUAACCCAACUUCAGUUACUUCCGUUUUAAUUCAGUUACAAAGCAAUUGUGUUCAAGAAUAUAUGUAUGCUAUAAACAUAAGCAAGUUUUGUCUUUGAAGAAACGUUAGGAAAUGUGUUUGCUUGCACUGUCUAAGAUAGUCAACAACAUGCAUAGCACCCAUACAGAACUACAGUUCCCAGGUUUCCUUGAGGUGAACGCUGAUACCGUACACCCAUUUUGCCGAAGUACAUAUUGCAUAAGAAUCUGCAUACUGUGCAAGCUUUUUUUUUUUUUUAAAAGACCUGUUGCGUGUAAGACCACAGUGUUUUUUUUGAGAGAGCUAUGUCGAAAUUGACUUGACGGCACACUUUUUACCUUUUUUGUAAACCUCACGCAUGAGAUUUUGCCAUCUGAGGGUAGUGUUGUGUUUUUAAAUGGCUGUAAUGUAAGACCUGAAACCCGAGAUGUCAAAGAACAGUUUAAAUGUGAAUUAUGGCUGGCAGUACUAACUUGAUAGAAUCAAGCGAAUUAGAGGUGACAUUUUAUUUUAUGACCUUGAUUGCACUAAAGCUCUCAUGAUUGCUUUAAUAUAUUUUGUAUCUGUGAUACAGUUUUUUUUAAAAUCGCCUCAAACCUGCCUCUAAAUCUUUAUAUAUUGGUAGGUGAAAAGCUAAUAACACUAUGUUAGACAUCUGUACAUAUGUACAUAUUUGAGAAUCAACAUGAUGAAGUUGUAAAAUUCCUGUGCAAGAAGUUUAAUAAAUCAUGGUUUCGUAACAAA